AUGGGUCAAUCCUAUUCUUCUCGCGGAAUAUUACCGAAAGAUUCUACUGCUAUUCAAACCCGACAACUGAGGAUUGGCAAUAAACCAGUGAUCUUGGAGCAUAUUGACAUUGAUGUAGCUGCUGGAUCACUUGCUAUAAUAUCAGGCCCUACUGGCAGCGGCAAAUCAACUCUGUUGCGCGCUUUUCUUAGGGAAGUAGUCCCUGUGCAAGGGUCAAUUAGUCUGUCAACGCGACAGAUAGCAUAUUGUGCUCAGAAGCCGUGGCUUCCUAAUGGUACUAUUAAAGAGGCUAUUCAUGGUGCUACUGAAAUUUACAGCGCUAGUGACCCAGAUAAUAAAAGAUGGUAUCAUGAGGUAACAGAUAUGUGUUGUCCUACCCUUGACUUCAAUUCCCUCCCCCAACGAGAUAUGACACGAAUUGGCAGUGGGGGGCUCAAUUUGUCUGGAGGACAAAGGCAGCAUGUAGCACUCGCGCGCGCUAUUUUUGCAAAAUGCGACAUACUUCUGCUCGAUGACCCCUUCAGUGGGCUGGAUGGGGAAACGGAGAAAACUAUCUUUGAUAAUCUAUUUGGGGGGACAGGGCUAACACGGCGGUUGAAGACCACUGUAGUCCUCGUUUCUAAUUCCUCUCAGUAUUUCCAAGCUGUGGAUCAUAUCAUUUUUCUGGGAGACCGCCGAAUCACAGAUCAAGGGAAUUGGCAGGAUAUCAAGGUGAAAGCUGCAUCCUUAGGGAAGUUAUCUUCGAUCCAUCACGCUAGGGGCAACGCCGUCCUGUCGGCGAACUCUGAUGAACUCGGCGACAAAUUACGAGCAAAAGAUGAAACUGAAAUAGACCUGGCUCGACAGACUGGAGAUCCCGCUCUAUAUGGCAAUUCCCUCUCUCAUUUAUAUGGAUGCGACUAA